GACAUAGGCACUACGAAGGCUUUAUUAAGUGUGUUCCCGCGCGGCUCUCUUCCCAGUCUCUCUUCCCCUCGGCGGUAGCAGUCUCCUCCUCCUCUUGAUUAACUUGCAGUUCGCUGCCAUGUCUUCGGAGGAAGGGAAACUUUUCGUGGGAGGGCUCAGUUUCAACACCGAUGAGCGGGCUCUGGCAGAUCACUUCCGCAGCUUCGGUCCUAUUUCUAAAGUGGUCGUUGUCAAGGACCGGGAGACUCAGCGAUCCCGGGGUUUUGGUUUCAUCACCUUCACCAACCCAGAGCAUGCCUCACAUGCCAUGAGAGCCAUGAAUGGAGAGUCUCUGGAUGGUCGCCAGAUCCAUGUGGAUCGCGCGGGCAAAUCGGCCAGGGUGCCUAGAGGAGGUUACUUUGGGUCCUAUGGACGUGAUCACAGCUACUAUAGAGGUGGUGGGGACCGGGGCUAUUGGAAUAACAGAUAUGACAGUCGACCUGGAUGGUAUGGGUAUGGAUAUGGAUAUGAAUAUGGAAGGAACAGAGACUACGGUGGAAGGAGCCAGGGUGGUUACUGCCGCUACUCAGGAGGAAGUUACAGAGACCAUUAUGACAACUAAGAUGAGGCACGUGCACCUAACGUAGGUACACAAGGAAUAAAACUUCUGAUCCAGGAACAUCCUUUCAAAUGGCUGUAUUUUAUAAAGAAUUUUGGAGCUGCUCUGAGAAAUCUGUUUUAGUAUAUCGACUUGUAUUUUUGAAUUAAGCUCCCAAGGUAGCUUGUUACAAAUACCUUUUAAGAAGUUUCAUAUGUCUAUUUUAAAGUUUUCUGCCAUUUAAAGAUCAGUCUUGGGACAUUUGUAGAGUUUCUGGGUAUUUUAUCUUAUUUACUAGUUUUUUAUUUUGGGCUCUCAGGAUUACUGGUUAUGGCAAAAAAUGUUUGCUUACUUUUUCUUUUUCUAAGUGAUGUGCAUUUAGGGACAUUUUCAAAGCCUGUUGUAUAUAAUAUUUAUCUUGGUUAGGAACCAAUUUCUAAAUGCAGCUGCAAUAACAUGGUUUGGGGGGGAGUUUUUUAUUCAAGGUCACCACCCUGAUACACAGAAGUUUCUUAGAACUUGUGUCUUUUUCUUUAAUACUGGAACAAAAAAUAUCUGUUUCAUUUAGCAUUUAGGAUGCCCUUCAUGGAGCUGAAUAAAAAGUUGAAAUGUGAAAGCAAACUUA